AUUUUUUUUACGUAAUAAAAAUGCAACCUUCCACUUGCUAGGCGCAGUGCAUAAUUCAUGUACAUGUUUUUGAUUUUGGUUUUAUAUUCAAUCCUAUUUUUCACGAUCGCAUUGAAUUUCAAAUAUGUCUUUAUAAACGGUGAAUGUUUUUAUUUUUGUGGACUAUUUCCCGUUGUGUGUCUCGGGAGGGUGUUGUGUGGAGUCUGAUCUCUGAGGUGCAUCGCGAAACCCGGAUAUGGGAAAUCUAAGCAUCUUCACAAUGAGGAUAGCAAGCCUGCUGGUCCUCCACGCAGCGGGGGCCGGUCUCGCUUCACCGACCGUGCUGGUCUCCCGACCCGUCUCCAAAGUCCCUGUGGAGUGGCUGCCGAUUGACAACCAGACUGUUUAUAGGCUGGGUGAAGGGGAAAGUAGAAGUUUGGAGCUAAACACCACUUCCAUAUCGCAGAGUAUAGUCUUCAUCACCAUCAGUCCAUGUUCCAGAGACUUCCAUUGGGCAUUGUACUAUGGGAAACCUGGCAAUAACAAUGGCCAACUCAUUCUACAGAAAGAAAGUGGCAGCGGCGAAAUGAGCACAUUCUCUUUAAAUAUAUCUCAACAAGACAAAUAUAUUAUGGUUCUAUCAUCAACUCGAGGUGGUGCAGCCGUGGUCAGUGUGAGAGGAGAAGCGACCAGACAAGUGCGCAUGCGUCUCAGGGUGCGUUCACGAAGAAGGCUAGCAGCUAACUGGGAACCUAGCCCCAUCGAUCCUCAAGCAACCACCUACUGCGUAGUGGCCUCCCAUAAAAAGAACUACACUUCACUCUGUGCAGCCCAACACGACAUAAAAACUAAAAGAUUAGAAAACAAAUCUUACCGCCUCAACCAAGAUACGGAUCGUUCGAAAUCAAACGAGCGGUUAAACGAAACUCGUCUUGAAAUAUUGACAGAAGUUGACAACAAAAUCAACAUAGAAGAUACUUUGAAUAUUUAUGAAGGGAAUUUCAACAAUAUAUUUAGGAGGAAGAAGUUUGGUCGUAGCACAAAAGUGACGGAUGAAGAUCCAGUGAUCGCGUGCGUGGGUAGUAGAACACACCAUUUGAUCGAAAAUCUGGAUCCUAGUACGACUUACUUCGUAAGCGUGUUCGGUGUGGCGAAGGACCGUCGAUCAGGAUCUCUGCUAGCUACGGGCAGUGUGCGCCCGCGCUCAUCAACUGCUAAGCGACUAAAAGAAAAUGUUCCUAUUAAGGCAGAUAUACGAGGAAGAAAUGUAUUUUAUUUCAAGACAACUGUUGGAGCUGGAGGAGGCCUCUGGCUAACGUUGUCAACCUGUGGAGGUGCAGUAGACGUCGAAGUACUGGUCAGAGGGAAAAGACUUCACAUGGCCAGAAACAUUGACCCUCAUUCCAAAUUCUUCGUGCCAGCCCCGAUAUCAAUGUCUUCAAUACAAGAGACGAGUGAUGAAGGAUCUGUACAGUUUGACUCAAGUUCAGAGGAAGCUAGAAUGAGAUUCGUCAUCAAAGUCAUACCUAGCAAAUGGGAUAGGGAUCGGGCUGUUGGUUUAGAACUAAUAGCUUCAACCACGCGAUGGGGUGUCAGCACUCCAGAGCUGACUGAAGAUGGAGCAGUAAGAGAGAUCAGACCAAAUAGGUCGUGUACGUCAGUAGAUGUCGCAUUCUUGCCUGCCACACAUAAUGCCACUGAUGUUAUCAGAUACUGCAUCAUGGCCCGAGAGACGGUUAGCGGGGAAGUUUAUAGUUGCUGGUUUGGUAGAAGAGCUGGGAAGGGCCAAUGUGUCGUCCAUACAGAAAAGUCGCCCGUGAUCGUGCAAAAAAUUGGAGGACUAAAAGCUGGGAGGAAGUAUGCUAUCCAAGUAAUGGCUUCGAACAAAGGCCAUUCAGUGCCAUACAACAUUUUAUACGUGGACACUAAAAUCUCGUGUAAAGAGGACUAAUGUGACGUCACGUUUUGUGAUGCAAGACAAGAAAUAAAUACAUGCAAGACAGCAAAAUAGAGAAUAAUCUACUAGUU